AUACCAAAGAACUCCUAUUUCAGAGAGUUCAGCAUUUGUGGGCAGUUUGUGGGCUUAGACCAGUGCUCAGUGACUACAGCUGCAGCUGGUACUGCUCAGCAUUUCUGGGAAUCUGACCCAGCAGGGUCUCAAGUCAGAAAUCCCAAAAAUGAGGAUGAGGAACAUACACCCUUCUUGUGCAUGUGUUCCACUCAAGCAGCUACUUGUCCCACGAAGCUUCAGCGCUCUUCAGGUAGCGACAGAAGAAAAUUUGAUCUGAAAGAGCAGGGAAAAGACUGUUCUCACACUGCUAGUGCUCAGCCUGGUCCAAAGAUGCAGUUACAGGGCAAGUCCUGGUUUGCCCCUGCAGAGCUUGUUCACAGCACACGCUGGUGGAAGAGUACACGCCUGUGCCUGGGAAGAAGCUGGGAAAGAACAGAGCACGUCCCCUUGCCCAGCAUCCUCCAGCUUCAGAAGCUAGAGUAUGAUAAUGGAUUGAGGAUGGGUGAAAAAUUGCAGGGGCUUAGUUUUCCUGACCAGGAUGUGCUGGGCCAGGCUUUCGAAGAUGCGCUAGAGGUCCUGCAGCAGCACUCAGACAGAGACAUGCAGUAUUCACCAGGUUAUAAAAAUUGCCUGACUGUGAUCAACCAUCAUCACCACCUUCGAGCAAGUCCCAGUUACUCUGCAUCACCAUCUACAGAGGAGCAAGGGUAUAGCUGGAGGAAUGUGAUUAACAGUGCAACAGAUUUUUAUGCAGAUGAGACUGUCUACCAUACAAUGCAGAAUACUCCAGAAAGCCAAGUGACACAUGCUGCUGCUGGGCAGUCAAAAACAGGGAAAGGCAGGAAAAAACUUCGACUGUUUGAGUACCUCCAUGAGUCUCUAUAUGAUCCAGCUAUGGCAAACUGCAUCCAGUGGGUGGAUAAGCCCAAUGGUGUCUUCCAGUUUGUCUCCAAAAACAAGGAGAAACUUGCAGAGCUGUGGGGAGAAAGAAAGGGAAACCGCAAGAUCAUGACAUAUCAGAAAAUGGCCAGAGCACUGAGGAAUUAUGGAAGAACAGGUGAAAUCAUUAAAAUUCGAAGGAAGCUGACAUACCAGUUCAGUGCUGUUGUUUUACAGAGACUUCCUCCAUCUUAUUUCUUGGGAAAAGAAACAGUUUAUCAUCCAUAUAUUCAGUCUAAUCAAGAAUAUCAGUGUGCAGAUGACUGGCUCAGUUACAAUAAUUACAUGUAUAACAAUGGUUAUGCAUUACAGCAUUCUAGCAGCUAGAUAUAUAAUUCGCACAAACAGGUCUUUGUUAGCUAGUAAUACUUCACAGGAACUCUUCUCU